GUUCCGGAAAUUGCCUGUGGCAGAGCCUUUUCAUUAUUCGAAGCCUUGCCUUGAUGUUUGCAGCGCGACCUGCCGUAGGAUUCGCAACGGUUUCUGGAAGCUGUCUGGCACUGCGGUGCGUCGCCCUCGAUAGGUGAGUUGUCUUUCUGUAUCGCCGCGUCAUCAUGCCCUUCAUCAGGCAAGCCGCGCCUGGAUGAUCUUACUCGUGGCAAUCGUGUCGCCCGCGCGGAUGAUUCGAUCAAAAUAUCCGGUUUGUAGUGCCACUACCGCGGGGCGCGAUUCGGUCUCUGAGCAAGUGGCUGCAUGCGCCAAAGAGGCGGAGGUAUAUCAUGUUCUUCGCAGUAGGUUGUGCUUCGUUGUCAAUGUCAGGGCAGGAGCGUCGGUCCUUGUUCGUGUCCAUCCUUUGUUCUUUUUCCGGGGGUUGUCCGCUUCUCGAGGCGCCCCUGCAACCCCAUCGUUGGCGCGGUCUAGUGAAGCUAGAAGGCUUUACAGGCGUGACGGUACGUACAAAAAGCUUUGCCGCGUAGCCCAUGAGGACUUGUUAUCAUUGCCGGGACUGCGGGGUUCGCGACUCGGGGAUUCGACACGAGGUUUCGAUGAUUGUAGGCGUCUGGUUCUCUACCGCGGGGUAAUUCCAGAGCCGCAGAGCGAGUCAAUAGCGAGCUCAUGUCUGCGAGUGGUCAAUCUGCGUGAGGUGAACUUCUUCCUAGGCCGCUGAGCGCCUUACCAUGGGUCAUAGCUGUCGCCUUUCGUGGCGGCGGAAGCAGCUCUGGAGCGUUUCCUGAGCCCUUCUCCGCGGGGGCCUUCAAG